UAAGCAACUGAAGAAUUCUCUGUGAACGCUGUGAUACGCCUGACAUUCUGUAGUCUGGUGAUAAAAAGAUUUUGUGAUAGAAUUCCGGCUGAAGUGUUUACGUGUUAAUUCUAAGUAUAAUUUCACGUAUCACGUCGAAAUGGCUGUGUUAAAAAUAUUAUUAGGACUUACAUUAUUUUCGGCAAAUUGCUUUGCCUUAUAUAGCCCAAGCUCGGAUGUUAUUGAGUUAACAGAAUCAAAUUUUGACAAAUUAGUUACUAAAGGCGAUGAAAUAUGGAUAGUUGAAUUCUUUGCACCUUGGUGUGGCCAUUGUCAGUCAUUUGCUCCAGAAUAUCAAAAAGCAGCUACUCGAUUGAAGGGAGUAGUAAAAGUAGGUGCUGUAAAUGCUGAUGAGCACAAAAGUCUAGGUGGUAGAUUCAAUGUACGAGGAUUCCCAACAGUUAAAAUAUUCAGUACCAACAAGUACAGUCCUGAAGAAUUUAAUGGCCAGCGAACUGCUCAAGGACUGAUUGAUGCUGCAUUGUCUGCUAUCAAAUCUAAAGUAAAAGGUGGAUCUUCUGGUUCAAAUAAGGAAUCAAAAUCUGAUGAUGUCAUCGAGCUUACUGACAGCAACUUCGAUAAGUUAGUACUCCAAUCUGAAGAUAUGUGGCUUGUAGAAUUCUUUGCUCCAUGGUGUGGUCAUUGUAAAAACUUAGCGCCCCAUUGGGCUAAGGCAGCAACUGAGCUGAAAGGUAAAGUCAAACUGGGAGCCCUUGAUGCUACCGUACAUCAAGCUAAAGCUGCUCAAUAUGGAGUAAAAGGUUAUCCUACAAUCAAAUUCUUCAAUACUGGUAAAAAAUCAGCUAGUUCAGUUGAAGAAUAUGAUGGAGGUAGAACUUCCAGUGACAUUGUUACUUGGGCACUAGAUAAAUUAGCACAAAAUGUACCUCCACCAGAAGUAGUACAGAUAGUUGAUGAGAAAUCUUUCAAAGAACAUUGUGAUAAACCUCUCUGUGUCAUUUCGGUCCUCCCACAUAUCUUAGAUUGUCAAUCUGAAUGUAGGAACCAGUAUCUCCAAACUUUGGCUAAAAUUGGUGAGAGAUACAAACAGAAGAUGUGGGGAUGGUUGUGGACUGAAGCAGGUGCUCAAUCUGAACUUGAAUCUGCUCUUGAUAUUGGUGGGUUUGGUUAUCCCGCAAUGGCAGUUAUGAACUCUAAAAAACUAAUUUAUUCCAUUUUGAGAGGAUCAUUCUCUGAAACCGGAAUCAAUGAAUUCCUCAGGGAUCUCUCAUAUGGUAGAGGAAAUACAGCUUCGAUUAGGGGUGGAAAAUUACCCAAAAUUUUGGAAGUAGCAGUUUGGGAUGGUAAAGAUGGUGAAUUACCACCUGAAGAGGAUAUUGAUCUCUCAGAUGUCGACUUGAACGAUAAAGAAGAAUUGUAAGACUUAAAUUUUCAUAAUAAAUGUUUUUUGAAUUCUGUUUCUACCUAACUGAAAAAUGUUUCUAUUUAAUGUAAGUUUUGUACAAAAUGUAUUUAAUUAAUGAGAUCUUCCUAAUAAAAUGUAAUAAAGAAUAGAUAAGUUUUUA